AGAGCGGGGCAGCUAAUUAAGCGGUGCAGCUUCAGAUGGACCCCACGAGGUUAACAAUGACACCAGGCCCGGCUGCUGGAUAGAAAGUUUCAGUGUGGAAUGGAGCAAAGGUCAACGUUUUCUCUUACAUGCAAACAGCAGCAUGUAGCAUUUUAACCACCUUGUCAUCACCCUGUUAAAUGGCUCAUUUAGACCAUUGAAACCCAAGCAGUUGGGUUUUUCCAUCACAAGCCGGCAGUUUGUUUUUUUACUCCCAAACAAAUCCUCACAUGGUGGUUUGACACAGAGUGGUCCAGCUGAUACCAUGGUGGCAGAUGACAUGGCAGAAAGCGGGGACAGGUCCGAGGAGGAGAAGGACAUGGACCUGAAGGGGCCCUUAUCUGAAGACGGCAGAGGACUCGAAGAUGGAGACGUGGAGAUGGUCGUCUCUGCCUCAGAGGGGCCGUCUCCCUCUGAAGGACCCCCGGAGGACACCAGGGAGCCCAGGAAGUGGAAGUGGUCCGUCAUAUUCUUGUGUUUUUAUGGAUUUAUGGCGUCGAUAAAGCCUGGGGAGCCCUUCAUUACACCUUACCUCCUCAGCUCCGAGAAGAACUUCACCAAGGAGCAGGUGACCAAUGAGAUCACUCCGGUGCUGACGUACUCCUACAUGGCGGUGCUGGUGCCGACCUUCCUGCUGACCGACUUCCUGCGCUACAAGCCGGUCCUGAUCAUCCAGGGCGUCAGCCAGGUGGUCAUCUGGAUCAUCCUGCUGCUGGGCACCAGCCUGCUGGAGAUGCAGUUCAUGGAGUUCUUCUACGGUAUCACCAUGGCGUGCCGCGUGGCGUACUCCUCCUACAUCUUCUCGCUGGUCAGCCCGGCACUCUACCAGCGCGUGGCCGGGUACUCGCGCUCCUCGGUCCUCCUGGGCGUGUUCACCAGCUCCGUGCUGGGGCAGCUCUUCAUGUCUUUUGGGAACGUCAGCUACUACACGCUCAACGCUAUAUCUCUGGGCUUCGUCAGCUUCGGCCUGAGCCUCUCGCUGUGCCUGCCGUGGCCCAAACGCUCCUUGUUUUUCAACCGGACGCGGAAUCAGGAGCAAAAGGAAGCGGCGGCCAAAUCAGAACUGGACAAAAUGAACCCGAAGGAGAGCGGCCCGUCCCCGGCGGCUCCCCCGUCCGCCGCGUCCAGCUGGAGGGAUUCUGUGUUUGUGCAGAUGCUGCUGGAGGUGAGAAACGUGGUGAGGAUGCCCAACCUGAGGCUCUGGUCCCUGUGGUGGAUCUUCAACUCCACAGGGUACUACCUGGUGCUGUUCUACGUUCACAUCCUGUGGUACCAAGUCUACGCCGCCACCGAGAACAAGAAAGUUUACAACGGGGGAGUGGAGGCAGCUUCUACUCUUCUCAGUGCGAUCACUUCCUUCGCCGCCGGCUUUGUGAAGAUCCGGUGGAACGUCUGGUCUCAGCUGGUGAUCGGCCUCAUCACGGCUCUGCAGGCCGGUCUGCUGCUCCUCAUGGGCACCACCGGAGACAUCUGGGUCUGCUACGUGGCCUACAUCUUCUUUAGAGGCUUCUACCAGUUUCUGGUGCCAAUUGCAACUUUCCAGAUCGCCUCGUCCCUCAGCAAGGAGCUCUGUGCCUUAGUGUUUGGCAUCAACACGUUUUUGGGGACCAUACUGAAAAGCAUCAUCAACCUGAUAUUUUCUGACAAGAGAGGCCUGGCGUUGGACGUGAAGUCUCAGUUCCUGGUGUACUUUGUUUACUUCUCCAUUCUCACUGUCGUCUACUUCGUGUGUGCUGCUGUGGUCCUCACUCGUCACUUUAGAAACCAGUCCAGAGGAGGAGGCGAGGAGGAGGUGGCGCCCACAGAGCUGAGCCUCGUAGCUGCACCACCUUUGUCUAACGGCAAAAAUGCCAAAGCCUAAAGACGAGUCUACUGCCUUAAUGUCUCCCAUCAGUAUCUCAACCCCAGUUUCUGCUACUAAGCUCUUGAGGCGCGGCGGGAUCAAUCAUUCAACCCUCUGAUGAUGACGGAGCGGUUUAUAGAAGUGCCUCCUCUGCUACUGAAGCUCCUGCACUACAGCGGCCACACAGGCUGCACCAUAGGAGAGUUUUACACUCGUUUUAGAUCAUCAGAUGAUAACUGAGAACUCUUUUUUUAAUUGUUUAAGUGGUACUAUGCUUUGAUACUGAGACAAAUCAUCUUCAGGCGCUUUCACAACCCAAGUCCGUUUGGUUCGUCCCAUUUAUACUUUUGAUUCGUACUCACAGGUGCAUCUCAAAUAAUUAGAAUGUGGAAAAAGUGGUAAUAACACAUUAUAUAGGUCCAUUACACACAGAAUGGAACAUUUCAUGUCUUACUUUAUUUAAUUUAUUCUAAUUAUAAUGAUUAUGGCUGAUUACUGUACUGACCAAAAAAGACCAAUUUUAAAAAGUAUGUUUAAUAUGGAAAUGUUGGCCUGUGAAAAGUAUGUCAUCUAUAUCAGGGAUGGGCAACUGGAGGCCCGGGGGCCACAUACGGCCCGCACCCUCACUUGAAGUGGCCCUCAGUACAACUACAUGCAUUUGAGCAUGAAAUCUUAAAAGUGCAGUGUAAAAAUGCCCCAAAUUACUUGCAAUUAAUGUUGGUCUGCUGUUUUUGCAUUGAAGAAAAAAAAAGAAAUCAGUUUUUUUUAUUUGCUUCAACCCUUUUGUAUUCCUAUUCAUACUGUUAUACAUGCAUUUGAGCAUGAAAUAUGUUAAGUUACUACACUGUUAACAUAUUUAAAAUUGCAGUUUCAUCAUAUCUGGUAAAGUGCACGGUCCUAUAUGUGGCCCUGUGGUAGUGUCGAUGAAAAAUUGUGGCCCCCUCCAGCAUUUAAGUUGCCCAUCCCUGGUCUAUAUGCACUCCAUUUGACUUGAACUACUGGAAAUAGACUUUUCCAUCAUAUUCUAAUUUAUUGACAUGCACCUGUAGUCGAAUGAAGGUGGAGUGAUACUUGCAGUAUUAUUUCUUAUUGGUAGGAAAGUUUGACGAUGUAAACACGGUGUACAUUCAGCUCCAUGUUGCUGUUUAUCUGUUUAUACUGGCUGUAAUGCUGCACUAGAGUACCAUUGGAGCGUUCUCAAGCAACAAAACGAACCGUAACAAGGAUUUACAGCAUUGAAACUGACUAAUAUUUGGGUUGUGAAAGUGCCCUGAAACACAGAGCGGGACCAUUAAUGUAAUGGCCACAUUUGAGCCUAUUUUUGUAUUUUGUACAGUAAACAAAAACAAAGAGGAUCUGUUGCUUUUUUCAGGUUUGACAGAAAUGGAAAAUGUUUUGUAUUUUUUUUCCCCGGAGCUGUAAGGAAUAGUUUGAGGCUCAGUCAGCUUUUUCUAUUCACGCUGUUUAAACUCAGUAUUCUGCACUAUUGCAGAAAAACUUUAGGCUACAUUAAUGUUAUACUUAACUGAAGAAUUAUAUUCCAGUUUCCAGCCCGAAAGUCAGGAAAAAAUAAAUAUGAAUGCAAUCAUUUUGGAAAUUCUAAACAGGUUUUUUUUAUCUAACGAAACAUUCAGUUUGAAUCUGUAUUUGAUUUACUCUCCUGCCUGCAGCACAGAAAGUCACUACAACUGUGUUAAAUUAACCAUAAAUUACAUUUAUAGGAACACAAUUUAAUUUAAGUAAUCUUAUGAAUCACUUUAUUUAAUUGAGGAUUUUGUUUUAGAAUUUUUUUAAUUUUUAGGUUUCAUAGGAAAACCUAAAAAAUUCAGAACAGCCAUGUUUUAUAUGAUUUUUUACUAACACUCCUUUUGUGAUGUUACAUUUUGAUGAUUGACCACUUCAGUAUAAUUGCUAAUAUUACAUUUAUAUAAUCAGAUGAUUAUUAUCAGUUUAUUUGACGCUGGAAACUGCAGAUUUCAUGCAGUGUUAUACCGGACAAUGUGAUUUAAAUUAAAGAAAGUUUUUGCUGCAAUGUGAUAUAGAAGCUGCAGAAUCGUCAUAUUUUAAAUGAUCCUUAUUUAAAAGCAUUGAAACAUGCUGCAGAUUGUGUUUCCUGUGAAAUGAACUAACAGAUUUCUUAUUUGAGAGGAGAUGCAGCCUGAAAAUGGAGCACCAGUCGGUAGCAUUGCUGCUAAUUCACUGCCUAUGACUAUCUUUGAUUCUCUUUAUUUCAGAUCCAAGUACGGCUGUUUUUUAUAUUCGUCUCAGUCCUGCAGAGAACAUGGGAACAGGAACAUUCAGUAGGUUUAACUUGCUUCUUUAAAAAAGCAGACGUGGCCUUUAGAGUUUUGAGUUUAUUGUACUUACAUUGAGAAUGUAGAUAUUUUUUAAACUUUUUUGAUUGAAUUUUAAUUGCUGAGAUUUAAUGUAACUGUGAAUCUGCCCGAA